AUGCCUUCAUGGAAAGCACCAACAAUUGGCGAGCGCCCCGUCGCUCUUCUAGGAGCUGGAGUCCUUGGUGAGGAAGAAUUUGUGCCUUACAAUGGCUUUGUGAGCAAAUAUUUACAAAUUAUAGGUCGUCGAAUUGCCUGCUCAUGGGUAGCUGGUGGCUACAAUGUCAUCAUUAGAGACCCCAGUCCUGAGCAGAGAAGCGCCGCUAUUCAUUUUAUCGACAACAAUGUCGCCGAGUUUUCAAAAAUCCUCUCAACCACCAGCGUUACGAAGAAAGGCACAUAUAGUGCGGUUGAAGACCUUGAUUCUGCUGUCAAAGACGCCUGGUUUGUAAUCGAGGCAGUUCCAGAAAAGCUAGGUCUUAAGAUUUCUAUAUUCGGGGAGCUCGCCCGAAAGGCACCAUCAGACUGUAUCCUGGGUACCAAUUCAUCAUCCUACAAAUCAAGCUUAAUGUUGGAUGAAGUGGAUGCGAACGGGAGAACGCGGGUUCUGAAUGUCCACUACACCAUGCCGCCAACGACGAGGACCGUGGAGUUGAUGACCAGUACUUAUACUGACGAGGCAAUAUUCCCCUUCCUUGUUACACAGCACAAGAACGUCGGCCUUCUCCCAGCUGUUGCUCGAAAGGAAUCCACUGGGUUUAUUUUCAACCGUCUCUGGGCCGCAAUCAAGCGUGAAACCAUAAAGAUCCUCGCAGAAGGGGUCAGCGAUGCUGAGGAAAUAGACACCUUGUGGGCUGAGAUGUUUGGCGAUAAAAAGCCAGGCCCGUGCGCAUUGAUGGACGCCGUUGGCCUUGACACAGUUGCCUUUAUUGAAGAUAACUAUAUUCAAGAGCGUCAUCUGGAUCCGACCAACACCGUUGAAUUUCUCAGAAAGAACUACAUCGCGCAAGGCAAGCUGGGAGCCAAGUCUGGCAAAGGUGGCCUCUACCCACCUGGAUAUACGACUAAAGUCAAAGGAAAGGAGGAGUGCAGCACAGAAAAUCUGGCUGCUCCCACAAUCUACCUCUUGGACAUAGGCUUUGGUGAGAAUGUCCACGCGGAUUACUUUAACUCUGGGAGACUCAUUGUUGCCUCUGCCGACGGCACUACUUGGCGGGCUAUUUUAAGCGGCCUUGAAACGCCAGAUGGUAUUGAUGUUAGCCUAUCAACCGGGCGAAUCUUCUGGACCCAAAUGGGGGUUCCAUCAGAAAACAAUGGAUCGGUGCUGUCCGCAAAUCUUGAUGGCUCAGAUGUCAAAGAAGUCAUAUCCAAAGGUCAAGUGCAUACGCCUAAGCAGCUCGCGAUCGAUCAUCAGAACGAGAAGCUGUACUUCUGUGAUAGAGAAGGUAUGCGGGUUCACCGAGCCAACUUCGAUGGCAGUGAGCAUGAGAUCAUAGUCCAGACUGGCGAUUUCAGGGACUCCGCCCAAAAGGAGGACGAGUUGAGAUGGUGCGUUGGAGUUUGCAUUGAUACCGAGAAUGGCAAAUUCUACUGGACCCAGAAGGGACCCAGUAAAUCUGGCAAAGGCCGCAUCUUCCGUGCCAAUAUCAAUAUGCCACCUGGAGGAAGCGCACCAAAUCGGCCUGAUAUCGAACUCCUCUUCGACAAGUUGCCUGAGCCCAUUGAUCUUGAGAUUGAUGUUGCUCAGAAAAUGCUGUACUGGACAGACAGAGGCGAAUAUCCCUUGGGCAAUACGUUGAACCGAGCCCCCGUUAGUCCCGGAAUUGCUGCAGGCCACGCUACGUCGAAAUUUGAGAUUUUGAGCCGGCACCUCCAUGAGGGGAUUGGACUCCGGCUCGAUCAUGUCAACAAACACGUAUAUUAUACCGAUCUUGGUGGCUCAGUAUACCGAUCCGAUAUGGAUGGAAAAAAUAAGCAGACGCUCUGCAAUGUGGGUGCGACUUUCACGGGUAUUGCGCUGGCACAUGUUGGAUGA